AAACACUCGCGCGCUUAAAGAUGGCGGAUGGGUCGCGCGACGACGGCGCCGACCCGCUAUUAAUGAAAAAAAUAACUUUUUCCGCGCCAGAUACACGACAUAAUGACUCAAAAAAGUGCAGUGAUCAAACGUUUGAAGGUGAUAAAAUAAAGUUAUCAUUCUAUGCGGAACUAAAAUCGUGUGACAAAAGUGAUUCUGGCGGCGUGGCCGCGGAUGAUUCCGCGGCGGUGGGCUCUGAGAACACUGAAAUAUCAUCUAAAGUACCCGAGGAGGACGGGGAGGACAGGAAGAAGCGAUGUUUCGACAGAUACGACAGCUCGGAGUCUUCUGACAGUGGCGUGGCGGUAUCGAGUCCUUCGGAGAGCGGUAGCGGCAGUAGCGACAUCACCGAGCCGGCGUCCCCGCGCAGUCCUGAGUCGAGCGGCGCCGAGGAAGCCUCUGGCGCGCGCAUGCCGCCCUGGGUCAGCGAGCCGGCGCCGGGCCCGCGCCGUCUCCCGGCCCAAGCGCCCGUCCGCCGCUCCAACCAGUCCCAGCGCACCGCCGAACACCACCGGCGCAUCACAGAGUUCUUCAACCACAAGAUGAAACCCCAGAAUGGCCUCAAGCGGGACUCCUCCACACUCAACAACGGUGACGCCAAGAAAAAGUGCCUCCCUAAAAACGGCGUUACACACGACCUGGAGAAGUACAUCUCCUACUUGUCUUAUACGCUUAGCCCUAAAGUUUUACUCGACGUCACUAAACAGAAUGCAGCCGAAACGCAAAAACCGUUGAACGGAAUAAACAGUGUCAUUGACACUAAUAAAACGACGGGGCCACCUAAAACGACGAAUCUAGGCGGAAACGGGUUGAUAGAUUACAGUAAACCUAAAGACAAUAAAGAUAAAAUUCACACUACGAUGAACGGAUUUAUGGAAAUGAGGCAUGGGCCAGAGUCAUCAACCAAAGAGAAGUUGUCAAAUGGCCAUCUGAAUGGAUUUGUCGACGGCAAAAAGCAAAACUUCGACCUAUCUGCCGAUAGGGUUGCUCACUAUAAUAAACAAAAUGUUGACUUGACCAAUCGUAAAGUUCCGAUCCCAGCAUCUAACGAGUUAGUUGGUUUUAGAGUUAGUUCUACAACAAUGAAACCUAGAAAGUUAUUAAACCUUAAACCUGAUACCACGAAGAUGAACGGAGUGGUAAGCUCAACAACAAAACUGGAUAGCAGGAUGAAUGGUGUCACCUGCGGUUCAAAUAACUUAAGUUUAAAUCCGGUAACGACCAGCCCGACCACAAAGAAGGAAGCACAAAAGAAAACUGCUCAGCCUGCUAAGCGCUCUAAUAGAAAGUCAUCAGCAUGUAUAGCCAACAGCAAGAACCUAACAUGGUCUAAAGCGAACAACCUUAAGCAGCAAGUUCAGAUACAAAAACAAAAUAAUCGCGUUAACUCUGUGCCAAGCAGCUCGGGAGUUAUGGAUGAAACUAACUCCACGCCAAAGAUCAACGUUCCAAAUGGAGUUCGACAAGUUCCGAUGACAAUGAACGGCAACAUUGGCAAUCUUAACGUGCCUGUCACCAAUUUCCAAAAUUGCCACCAAAUAAGUAUUCCGCAGCCGUGUAAUGGUACCGUAACUUCCACUAAUUUGGGCCCGUUUGUUGCUGUACCGCAGAACGUAAUGCUCGCCGCGUUAAGGAUACCACAUAAUGGACUUCCAGCGCAAACUUUAACCAAUCACCAACCAAAUAAUAUGAAUCCUUACAACAGGACAAACGUAAACGUGCAGAGCCCAACGAAAUUUGUGUUUCCGAUAAUGCAGAAUCUUAACGGCGCUGUAGUCCAAAUACCUAAUUUAAUGGCGAAGAUGCCAAAUUUUGUUCUUCCCCAAACAUCACAAUUAACUACGCAAAGGCACGAUCCUUUACAAAACCAACAGGCUCAAAUUUUAAUUAAUGGAACUUUACUAAAGCUUGGAAACACAAUGGCACCACCAUAUGCCAAUGUAAACAAACCAGCAAUGCCGACGACCAGUCAGUCUGGUGUUUCAGUCUUGAAUAAAAAUCUAACAGGGAUGUCGACGAUGGGUGUGACAGUGCAACCGAAACCAAACUAUGCCGUUAACCUUAGCCACUCGGUACUAGUACCACAACCGGGCUUCAUAGUUACUUCUGUGCCAAAUAUGAAUGUUAAAGAGACUUGGAGUUACGCCAGCACAAAUCCAGCGCCAUCACCUCAAACUUCAUGCUCUAACACGAUAAUGCACCAACCGCCGCCUAUGGUUGCUACCUUCUCUACUCCUACAUUACAUUCGAGUAGUAUCCCUAUAGCACCUGUCAAACCACCCGACAAUCCGAUACAGGGAACGGACCCGCCAAGCAGCACAGUUAAAGAGCCAGAACAUAGCGAGGUACUCAUGCCAAAGUAUGAUUUUCCUUGGCUGUCCAAGACGUUCAACAAUAAUAUCGUCCCACUAGAAUCUAACAAAAAGAUGUUGAGGCCUUUCGCAGAAGUUAGUGGUUUAACAUCUAAAGUAGAUCAUUAUUGCUCAGAAAAAAUGAACAAUGACCUGUUGGACCAGGAUGAAGGGGAUAAAUGGAAAGACAGUACGAUGGCAGACUUAAGAAAAGUCGAAGAAGUUGCUAAGAGAGAAGAUACUAUCUUCACACAAAUUACUGUCCUAAAGGAUGUUUCAUCUAACGUUCAAAGCACUUUGAUAGAAGCCAAUUUCUGUAGCACUACCAUGGAGUCUUCCGAAUCGGGAAUAGGUACAGGAUCAGACAAGUCAAUAGAUUCGCCAAGUGACUCACAGACGAGUAAAGAUUGUGACGACGACUCGUCUCUAUCUUUGAGUAUUAGCAUUAGUUCAGUGGAAGCGCAGAGCUGUCAAAAGAGCCCAAUACUGAAGCAGCCGAAAACGUUGCGCUUUCCACCGCGGAAGCCGAUUAAAGCGAGCAGCGACAAGAGGACAUCCAGCAGCGAUACCUCGGGGUCUGUCACCGUGUGUCUUUGGGAAAACUGCAAGCAGGAGUUUGAAAGCGACACUGAUCUCUUAGAACAUUUACAGUCGAUCCACGUAGAAUCGCAGGCGGGCAAGGAAAAUUACGUGUGCCAAUGGGAGCGUUGCAAAGUGCGCGGCAAGCCUUCUUGCUCCCGGCUGUGGCUGGAGCGCCACGCGCUGUCUCACGGCGGCAACAAGCCCUUCAAGUGCAUCGUCGACGGCUGCGGCCGCAGAUUCUCCACUCAGAUACUGCUUGAGAGGCACGUGAACAACCAUUUCAAUGAGGUUUCGCCCAGCGCCGGCAGCGGGAAGAAGACAACUGACAGUGCGCCCAAACUCAUUCGUAGGAAUGGCAAGAAGCUGCGGUACAGGCGGCAGCCCUGGUCAGCGCGCAUGUUCGACUUCUUCGACUCGGGCGUGAUGGAGCGGCUGGCGUGGCAGUUGUCGCGCACGGUGCGCUGGCGGCUGGGCGGCGCGUGUCCGCUGCGCGAGCCGGCCGGCCGCCACACGCUGGCGCUGCUGGCGCGCUGCACCGCCACCCGCCGCAACCCCGUCGCGGCACAAACCGAGAUGCUGCUCACCUACUACCCGCCCCAUGUGAUCGAGGACGAGUGGGUGCCCGCCGCGGAGGUGAAGCGCAUCAAGCGCGUGGAGAUCGCGUCGCUGCCCGCGCACACCAAGGUGUUCCUGUACGAGCAGUUCUGCUCCUCGUACCGCCUUGCGCCGCCUCCCCCUGCCCCUGCCCCUGCCCCGCCGGCCGCGGCCGCCGCCCCCUCGCGCGCCUGCACGUCCGCGCGCCUGCUCACCGACCUGCUGAAGAAGAAGGACGGCGACUGCGGCGCCGGCGACGCGCCGCUCUACUACCCCGAGCAGCCCGCGCGGCCGCAGCUCAGCGGCGCCGGCAAGCGCAAGCAGGGCCGCAAGUACGGCGGCAACGCCUUCUGGCCCUGCGGACGGUAGGCGCGGGUAGACUGCGAAGCGAGCGACGUUGAACAGCUGCAGACGGUUCGACUACUCGACUGAAACGUGGGGACGAGCCGUUUGGACUGAUAUAUGAGCGGUUAAUGAUUAAUCCUAGCGUUUAUAACGAAAACGUUACACCGUUUUCGAUUUAUAUUAUAGUUGAAACGACUUUAGCUCCGGAACCGGCCGUAUGUGACCGUGUUCGAAAUAGAGUCCCGCUCGGUCGGACCCCUCUCGCUCCGUUUAUGAGAGCUUAAGUAGUUCGUUAACCCGUUGAGAGCCCGCUAGCUCCACACUUGUACAUAGUACGGUAGGGACGAAGAUUCACUGGAGGCCGGGUCCGACAGAUGUUGAUUCUUCGCCCGGCGUGUGCGCGUCGGGGAAUUUCGCGCCAAAGAUUCGACGGUCCGCGGUUUUAGACGUAGUAUCGAUAGCGGAGGUAAAAUUUUAUUCACAAGACUGAUGCUUACUUUUUUAUAACGAUAUUGAACGGCGGGACGAACAGACGUGUACAUAUUUAGCUCGAAGUGUAUAGAUCGCGUAAGGAGUUCGGCUCGGAGUAUCGUACGCUACGUAGGCGAUUUAGUUUAAAGGUUGUUCCGACGGGAGUAGUCUGAAUAUUUUAUAAGUUAAGUAGAGUAAGAGCGACCAGCGCACGUGUCACUGCCAACGUGUACAUAUUAGGAUAGGAGGAGUUCGUUUGUCGUAGAAUAUGUUUGAGUUCGCUUCGCUGUGCCCGCGAGCCCCGCGAGCCCCGCGUGGCGCGCUGGCGCGUGCGCCGCAGUGCGCGCCGACAGCGGGACGGUGCGUGCCGACUGCCGACUGCUAGAGUCGUAGAGUCGCCCCGAGUGCCUCUGCCUCCGCCGGCUCCGCGCCGGCUAAGGCGGUCUCUGCAUUCCAUGCAGAUCCGCACGCCGCUCCGGCUUGUGAGCGGGACAUACGUGCAUAGUGCUGCCUCGCUUACACACCGGAGCGGCGGGCGGAUCCGCAUCAGUUUGAUAACCGCGUAAGUGUUCACUUUUAAACCCGUUUUCAUAUCAGACUUGCAGUUGUUAGGGUAGAGUUCAAUUAUUGGACGUGUUUUACUGUCCAUCGUUGUGUUCCAAUCGACCGGAGCAUUGUCCAAUGACGCUUUACAAAAUCGACAACUGUCUACGUAAUGUUCAAUUUCAUGUCGCGGUUGCUAUUGCUUCGAUACUAGUAAAUAUGAUCGUUUAAUGAUUAAUAAAUGAAGUAACUUGCAAUAAGAAUUUGCAAUAUGACCGCGACCGAUCAUAACGACACUGCCAAUGUUGUGUUUAAAUGUAAUUGUAUCCUGCCGUAUCGGCAGCCACGAGUACUGUUAGCAAUAAUCGUUUUGUGAUAAGAUACUUUAUAGAAUAACGACCGGUGUUCAAUACGUUAACAUUCAAGUUCAAUCGAUUAGUAAAUCUCGCGCUGCAAACAGGAACUCAAACAUGCAUCUGUAACACUAUUUGUUGCUCUAAAAUUAUCGUAUUUUUAAAAAGAAGAGAAUAAAUAAUGAAUUACACCUAAAAUAUACUUCUUUGUUUGCCGCGCAGAUUUAAGCUAUGAAUUUCUUGAACAUGUAUAUGUGCAUGCUUUAUUAAUAGAAAAACAGCCUUAAUUAAGUGAGUAGAGUUCAUUAACCGCAAAUAAUUGUAUUUUCCAAAAACAUUGACUGCAAAUUCUGCAUUGAUAUGCAUCAAAACUAGCAAUAUUUAACUUUAUAUUAUAUUGUCCAGAAAAAUACAAUAAUCUUUACCAGUAUCUAAUUGUAAUAGUAUUGUAAUUAAGGUAGUUUGAUGGAGUUAACGUGGUGUAUCUGAGAUGUUUUUUUUUCAAAAACCAUCAGUCCGACUAACCUGGAUUUUUAACGCGUUGACUACCGUUAAGUUACCUUACUAUAACAACCUUAAUAUACCACCUGGAGCAGUCAGACCGGCAGCGUGAGAGCAAAUGUACCUAAUAUUACCGCUAUGUUGAAUUUACUUGCAAAUAUUAGGGCUCAUUUCCAUUUAAAAGAUAUGUACUUACCAUUGUCCACACUGUUAAGUGUCAAUUCGCUAACCUGAGGUACAUUGAUGUUAGAGUAUAUAGCUGUUAGUACAAAGGUUAUUAUUAUUUGCUCUCAUGCUGCUGCUCUGAUGGACUUGAAGGAAUUCUCAAUGCUGAUCCAAUAUAUAAAAGCAACAUUUGUGUUCCAUUAUUAUUCAUGAAUCGAAUAGUAGUUAGUUACUUUUGGCGUUGUUCAUAUUUAUAUCUUGAAUUAACUCACUUGUAAAACAAACGAACGGUCAGAAAACUACGAAUGCAAUAAUUAGUCAGUUAUCAAACCUACCAUGCCAAUGAUUUUGACAUAUUGUCCAUAGUUGAAUUUAGAUGUUAAACUUUUGGAUGUUAACUAUACAGAAAUUGUCAGAAUUGCCUUUUUAGCCGUAAGGUUUACAUUUACAUACAAGUGAAUGAAAAUUGUGUUCUGUGCUCACACGAUCUCGCUAGUAUUUUUAGUUAGUGCCUAUAGUUGUUAAGUUAGGGUGAAUUGUGUGCGUAUACUCGUAUAGUGUAACUUGAAUGUAAAACGAAACAAUAAUACACCAUUGUAUUCCGAUUCUCGCUUGCGGUAUAGGAGUGUGCUAGACUCACACAGUAACAGUAGCAGUGAGACGGCUCUAGCGUAGCGUAGGUACGUGAGUAAGGAGCCUGGGCGUUGGUUCGGUGACUGACCGGCAGUUGUUAGGUUACAUACUGUCUCGUGCUAUCUUACUUAGCGCCAUAUUCGCCGUCCUACUAACCCGGGGUUAAAGGGUUAACCCAGUGUCAAACCCAGUUGUACUGUAAACCGUAGUAACUCCAGGUUUAACCGGUUAACCCCGUGUUAGUGGAAUGGUGCAAGUGGCCCUUAACAAGUAAGUGGGCGCGCGAGUCCUACUACGAGUCACUCGUACUCGUCGGUCGGCGGACGGCGGACGGCGGUCGGAGUGGUAUUUAGCGAAUGCGGAAGGCUUUUGAGCCCGAACGAGGUGUAAUAGGAAAAUUUCUCUAUUAGUCAAGUUGGUGCCUGAUUGUCGGUGUGUCUAUGGAAUCGUAUGCUAUCCUUAAACCGAAUAGGGACUUUAUUGGAGCGUUCCAAUGAACUGAUUAUUUUUUAUUGAAUUUAAAAAUUAGCGUAAUUAUUUCCAGCACUGAUCGUAGUGCCAUAUUUUAUUGGCUCGCUUUUUUUAAUGUAAUUUAAUUUUUUUAGUGAAAUUCGACACCAAAAUUUUAAAAAAGACAAAAUUUGUUUUUGUUUUAACCGAUUAACAGUACGGACUUGUAUAUUUGAUCUCAAAUAAGAAAGGCAGUGAAGUUAAAUGAAUUCCAGACCGUGCGAGGAAUGAACGCAGUUAUCGGCAAAAUUCUCGAAAAGUAUGUGGCUUAGGAAAACGCUUAAGUACAAAUUUAAUUUUGCUACAUUUUAGGGCGUAACCCACUUGUCAUUCGUCAAUCCACGUCUCGUUACUUUUAUACAACUGUAUAAAAUGAUUGACGUUUAUACAAGUGGGAGUAAAAUUAUGUGAACGAUAAAUUAAUAAAUAAUAUCCGGAUUAAAUUAAAAUUACCUCCCCCUAGAUUAGAAUUAGGAAUCCGACUCGUUAGACAGAUAAAUAUUUUGUGAAACCUUGUCUGCGGCGAACUAAAUUAUAUCGAAAAGAUACAUUGAUAUAUUCGUAAGUGAGGAAAAAAUAUAUUUUUACCACAGCCACCAGAAUUGUAAUAGCGUUUUGUCCAAGUUGUUUUCUAGAUUAUUUUGUAUUUCGACCCCUAUUUGUAAUGUUUCUAUAAAAUUUAUUUCUGUGACUCAACUGUGUUCAUUAAUGUAUUGAUCGGUGAACAAUAUCACUGCCUGUUUAUUUUACGGACAAAUCUGAUGGUAAAGUUUGAGCUCCGUGUUAGUAUGAGAUGUUGUGAAGCAUAUUACAGCUUGCAGACCAGUUAGCACGAUUACUUUCAUGUCGAUGUGUAAAACAUUCGUCCCUUACAGGCAAGUAUGUAAGUGCGAAAGGGACGAACGUUUUACGUGGAACAUGGACGCGGUAGGAGUACCGGUGCAGAGGCGCGAUUAGACGGGCCCGUUACUUCGGUCCCACGCGCGAGCAGUGCGAGGACCGCAAAGCGAACGAGGGCCAGUAACCAAAUGUGUUGACAGAUGCUUAUUGAGCGAGUAGAAUGUAAAUAGUAUAGUAUUGUUAUUACUGCGUUAGACUGUAAUGUGGUUCGCGGACGCGGAGGCGGUGGGCGAUUGUCUUGUUUCCUAUAUUAAAUGCGUUUAUUAUAUGAAUGUUCUCCUUUAUUGUAAAUGUUUGACGAGAAUACAAUAGUAACUAUAUGAGGAACCCUGUAUCCCGAAUAGUGUGCACUACUUAUAUUCAAUUUGUAGAUAUUUUAAUUAUAUAGUAUAAUGUCUAUUGUGUCUUUAUUUGCUUACCCCUGUAAGGUGAAUCUGACAUUUAUUUUAUAAUUUCGACCCCGAGUUGGUGGGUAAUCUACCUCAAUUUAUUUAUCACAUUUUUGGGCAUAAUAAUAGUGAAUGUUAAUUUAAUUUCGAACCCUGAAGUUUGUUCAAUGUAGUGAUUUAUAAGAAUUUUUAAAUAUUAUGGUUUGUCCACCUGUCACAAGUACUGUAUCUUAUAUUAAAUACAUAUUGUAUGAUUGAUAAA